CGGCUCUACGGGUAAAGAUUUAAAGGUUCGUUGUUUGGCGCGCGUGAAAAAAAGACGCAGAGCCGGCUCCAACUUUGCAGCCAAGAUGAAACCGGAGGAGAGCAUUCAAGAUAUGUGUACAAGAUUGAAUGAUAUAGUCACCAAUCUCAAAGCUUUUGGUAAAGUCUAUCCUCCUCAAGAAGUGGUGAGAAAGGUUCUUAGAAGCUUGCCUAAGAGUUGGGAAGCCAAGAAGACUGCAAUUGAAGAAUCUAAGGAUCUCAACACUCUCAAGCUUGAAGAUCUCAUUGGAAAAUUGAUGACAUAUGAGAUAGAAGUUCAAGUUGAUGGUGGAGUUGAAGUAGUUGAGAAGAAGAAGAUGGAUGUUGCAUUCAAGGCUAGCAAACAAAAGGAAGAAAGUGAAGAUGAUGCUAGCAAUGAAGAGAACAUCACCAAAUUGGUUUCAAAGGAAGUGAAGAAAUACAUGAAGAAGAGCCUCAAAUGGAAAUCCUCUAGAAGAAACAAGGAAAUUCACUAUUCUAGAGGAAGACAAUGUAGUGAUGAUGAUGAUGAUAGAGGAAAGCCAAGUAAGAAGCAAAUCAAAUGCUAUGAGUGCAACAAGACGGGGCAUUAUAGAAAUGAAUGCUCUCAAUUGAAGAAGAGUGAGAGGAAAGACAAGAAGAGCAUGAAGAAGAAAGCUUUUGUUGCCACUUGGAGUGAUGAUUGAUGAGUUUAAUUUUUAUAUGCAUUUAUCUACCCUUUUUGAGCAUAGAAUUUAAUAUUAUGGGUCCUUUGUAACUUAGUUUCACCUUUGUUUAUAUUAAUUUCAUUAUGUGUAGGUGGAAAUUAAGAUAUGAAUUAAUU